AUGCUCACCUUUGCCCUUAAGUAUCACGAAGCUAUCAAUAUGAUUUGUGCUGACAAGAACAUGGAUCUUUGGGACUAUGAGCUGAGUGAGAAGGAAUGGGAGCUUGCACAACAAUUGUGUGAUGUUCUAAAGAUACUCAAGGACACAACACUCUUUUUCUCUCGAUCGACGCCAAAUCUCACAACCGUCAUCCCUGCAAUGGACAUGAUCGACAGAAAACUCACAACAGAUUCUAUCAUGCGCACUUAUGAGCCAGCUAUUCGAGCGUCACUCGGACUGGCAAAGAAGACACUGAACCACUACUAUAGUAUGACUGACUGGUCAGAGGUUUAUCGGAUUGCGAUGGGUAAGUUUUCUGUCAUUCUGUCUUACUUUACAAGUGUGCUUCACUGA